AUGCUGAGUGGAGCGCGCAGCAGACUCGCCACAGCGCUGCGGGGGACGCAUGCGUCUCAGUCCCCUGUCUCCCGCAGGUGGCUGCACGCGUCGGGGCCACGACUGUCGGGGGACCAGAGCAAGAAGGCGGAAGAGCCACGCCCGGUCUUGGACCCGGUGCUGGUGGAGUUCUUGGUGUGCCCGCUCUCCAAGAAGCCGCUUAGAUAUGAAUCAUCGACAAAUGAAUUAAUAAAUGAAGAGUUGGGAAUAGCAUAUCCAAUCAUUGAUGGCAUUCCUAAUAUGAUACCACAGGCAGCUAGGAUGAUACAUCAAAAUAAGAAGAAAGAAGAAAUGGAGAAGCACUAA